AAACCCACCCCAACGUCUCCAGGCACACAGCUGUCCGGUGAACGGAGGCUGAGGCGUGGCUGCCCCCUCCCCUGCGUCUGGCAGGGCUGAAGUGCGCCCAGCGCCCUUACGGGGGGAGGGGGUGGACGCCGCCAUGUUGGCCACCGCUUGGCUGGGCAGAUGCUCCUGGGGGCUCCUGAAAGGCGCGAGCCGGCCCCUGCGGGGCAGCGGCGCGAGGCCGCUCGCGAGCCGGUCCCGGGCGACCGGAGGCCUAAGCAGCCGCCGCGGCUUCUGCCUCGCGCUGGGCCCCCCCCCGCUGAGCGGCCUCGCGCCGCCCUCCUCCUCCUCCUCCUCCUCCUGCCCCUCCCCCGGCGCGAGGCGGCUGCUGCUGCUGCUGCGCGCGCCCUCCCCGGCCCCGCUCUCCCCGGAGCGGCUCGCGAGCGGCUCCCCGCGCCCCGGCCUGGUCAGCGCGCGGCGGCGCCCGCUCCCCGCCGGCGGGGAGAGCCCCCAGCCGAGGCGGCGCAGCGACGGUGAGGCGGGCCCGCCGGGGGACGCGGCGCGGAGGGGCCGAGGAGCCGCCAGCGGCUACCCGGAGCUGUAUGAAAACCCAUGGACAAUCCCAAAUAUACUUUCUCUGGCAAGAAUUGGUUUGGCUCCAGUUUUGGGUUAUUUGAUUGUUGAAGAAAAUUUCAACAUUGCAUUGGGUGUUUUUGCUUUGGCUGGGAUAACAGACUUGUUGGAUGGGUUUAUUGCACGAAACUGGGCCAGUCAGAAAUCUGCUUUGGGAAGUGCCCUUGACCCGCUAGCUGAUAAAAUUCUUAUCAGUGUCCUGUAUGUCAGCCUCACUUGGGCAAGUCUUAUUCCAGUUCCACUGACUACUUUGAUCAUUUUGAGGGACAUAGUGCUAAUUGCUGCUGUUUUUUAUGUGCGAUACAAAACACUUUCCCCACCGAGAACGCUUAGUAGAUAUUUCAACCCCUGUUAUGCCACUGCCCAGUUAAAACCAACUUUCAUCAGCAAGAUGAACACAGUGGUUCAGCUAAUCUUGGUGGCAGCUUCGUUAGCGGCUCCUGUUUUCGAUUACGUAGAUAGCAUAUAUCUACAGACUUUGUGGUGCAUUACAGCUUUCACAACAGCAACGUCUGCAUACAGUUAUUAUCAUUAUGGUCGGAAAACAGUCCAGGUAAUAAACAACAAAUGAAGUGUUUAUAGAAAGGACCAUCUCAUCACAUCACUGUUUUCUAUACUGCAAAGGACAAUAUAACUGGCCUAUGAAUAAGAAUUCAGUGGUUUCCUUAGGACAGUUUUUUCAAUUCAAACCAUGUCAUCACAAUUGGACUGAUAUAAAGUAAAAAUGAAGUCUGAUCAUGUACUGUAAAUGUAUUGAAUUUUCAAUGUAUUUUUGAAAGUUAUAAAUAAAAAUAUAAUUGUUUAAAAAAAAAAUCACAAUGUUCUUAAAGGCACUUUUAAGUCACCAGUAGCUGUCGUGCAUCUUGAAUCUUGUAUUUCCUUUCAUAUUGCUUUUCAGAAGCUAAGGUUUGCAUGCUUCACGUAGAAUUGGUCAGUAUAUUAGAUUCUAAAAGUGUGCUGACAAAGCUCCCUUUUCUUCUCAGAACUAGUACACAUGGAGUUAUAAAGACAAACUGUGGUAUACUGUCACAACAGAAUCACUUAUUAGGAUUUACUAAACAUUAUAGUUUGCUGCAAAGGAAAGGAUUAAAUCACUAGGGAAUGAUACCUUCAGAAAUGUAAAAAGAAAAGGAGCACUUGUGGCACCUUAGAGACUAACAAAUUUAUUUGAGCAUAAGCUUUUGUGAACUGAGCUACAGCAAAGUGAGCCUUUUUUUUCUCCAAGUUUUUAAAUCUUCGUUGUGAUAUGAAUAAUACAGUCCAUACAGUAUUUCAGAAUUAUUCUCUUCAGUAAAAAUACCAAGAUAACUAUCUGUCCCCAGAGAGAAGGUUCUAGUGACAUUAGGGCUCAUGGUGUAGUGUCAUAGAUGUCGAUAAAUAGAGUUCUUAAAUAGCUUGUUUUUAGUACUGCUAGUUAGUAGUGGUUGAGAAACCAAGGCACUGAACUUCCUGUGUGAGCUAUGCUGUGCUAUUUUAAAAACUGCUUGGUCAGUUUGAGAUCAUCUUGGAGCAGAAAUGUCAGUGUAAAUAGAACUGAGAAAAAUCAAGGCAUUUUAAAUGUUUUUCCAAAUCACUGGAUUAAUUAGAAACAGUUAAAGCUGCAUAUUUUGCACAUGAUUCUGCUAUAUCUUUGACUGCGUUGUUCAUCAGGGUUUGUUAUGAUCUCAAUUUACCACCUGUGAUCAAAGAAUAGGGCAAAACUAUUUAAAGUUACAGAAUUAAAUGCCUGUUCCUUGCUUAUACUCUGAUAGCCACAAAAAGUAUAAGAUGACCUUUCAUAUUAACAGUAAUGAAAUCUACUUAUUAAAUACUUUGGAGCCAGAUAUGGUGUGUUUUGCAUGUAGUAGCAAAGAAUUGAGGUGUCAAGAGGUAAAGUAACUGAAAAAUAGGUAAUAUAUGUUGGACUAUGGUGCUCUAUCACCAAAAAUGAAUUUAUUAGAUGUAGGUUUGUAUAUAAAACAUUUUAAUUUUUUAUCUUGUAUAGAAAUGAUACACAGACAAGGUUUAAAUUUUAUUCAAUAUCUGUCUCUUAGCUAUCACCAUAUACAGCAGUCCAAAUCUGUUUUAUACGCAACGGAAGGAUAAAUGUAAAGCAAAUCAUAUAAAAUGUUUUUUUCUUAACAAAAUGCAUGUUUAGUUAAUUGAGAGUGUGGUAUUUCUUCAGGAACACAAUUUUAAAAUGGAGAGAUGACAAAGUCCAUUCAGGUUAUUCUUUUUUUUGUUCAUUACCACCAUCAAGUAUAGUGAGGUACACCUGAAUAUGUUGUUCUGGAAGGGAAUGGCAAAGUGUUGAGGCUAUUGAAGGAUCAUGUCAGCAUGCAGGUGCCUCAGCACAUUUAUGAAUAAAAUGGCUACACCGUUU